AUGGUGGGCCAAGAUCCGUCUGCCUCGCCGGCGGGCGGCGCCCUGGAAAACGCGAACCCGCUCAUCUACCGGCGCCAGGGCGAGCGGCCCGUCACGGCGCGCGAGGAGGACGACGAGCUGCCUGACGCCAUCGACGACCGGGAGAUCUUCGAUAUCCUCAUCUGA